UCACCGAGCGCCCGCGCCACCUAGUACUACCCCAGCAAGGUCGCCUGGUAGCUGAGGAAAGGACUUGGUGUCUCCGUGGGUCACUGUGGUUUGGUCCCGUUUGUUUUAGGCUUCGAGAUCAGAGAUGACGGGGUACACGCCCGACGAGAAGCUGCGGCUGGACCAGCUGCGCGCCUUGAGAAGGCAGUGGCUGAAGGACCAGGAACUGAGCCCUCGAGAGCCUGUCCUGCCCCCAGAGAAGGCAUUUUCGGGCUUCUGGCAUAGGUUCCUGCAGAAGGACUCAGUCUGGAGGAGAUUUGCUUAUAAGGCAUAUGGAAGUGGAAUGUUUCUUUUUGUUAAUUUGCUUAUACCAGCCUGGAUUGUUCAUUAUUAUGUCAAAUACCAUGUAGAAACAAGGCCAUAUGGCAUCGUUGAAACAAAACCCAAAAUAUUUCCAGGUGAUACAAUUCUGGAGACAGGAGAAGUGAUUCCACCAAUGAAAGAGCAUGACACACAUAAUCAUCAUUAAAAAGUUCUUAAAAACUCCAAAAA